CUCCUUGUUCUUUCUCGACUUCCGCUGCCGGAACCCUCACUGCUAUCUAGCCGGCGCCAUCGGAGUGCCGACCAAGCGCAAGGCUGCGGCCGAGGAGUCUCCGAGCAUCGGACUUCUUCGAGGAAGACUAGGAGAGCAGAUCUAGCCGGAGCGCCGGCGCUGAGAGUGUCGCCGAGGACGUGUUCAUAGAAGGGGAAGAUGCCUGAGGAAUCUGGGAAUGUUGUGUGCAAUGCAAACGGAGACGUAAAGGUUGAAGCAGAGUCUCUGAGGUCUAAGCCUGCGGUUUCGUCGAAGCAGGGGAAGCGAGUGGGUCUCUCCGGAGAUUCAGUCUCCAAUGUAGGGACGCCGGAGGACGGGAAAUUCCCGGCGAAGGAGUCGGUUAGCUCUGAGAGAGUGAGUUAUUUGAAGAAGGGGAAGAAGCAGGAAUCGGGUAAUGUGGUGUAUAAUGGAGAUGGAAAGGUAAAAGUUAAGGCUCAGAUUAGCCAUGUGAACGGGUUUUUGUCUAAGAGAAAGAUGAAAAAAGAAGAGGUGGAGGAAGGUGAUUGCCGGUUGGUCGGAGAAGUUAUUCCGCAUGAGGAAGCUCGCCAACGGUGGCCCGAGCGGUAUGAGCCUAAGAAGAAGAAUACGCAGGCUUCUGGAUCAAAAAGCCCCAAAGAUAAGGAUGAUUCAGAGGAGAUAGUGAAAGCUCGAUGUCAUUAUAGGCAAGCAGAAAUUGAUGGAUGUGUCAUAGUCAACCUAAAUGAUGAUGCUCAUGUAAAAGACUUAACCAACAACAGCUACGAAUGAAACAAGGAUCAAAUGCUAAAUCAUUUCAAGACCAUAAAUUGACUUGAGCAUGGAGUAUGUAAUCACGACCAGAAAGAAGAAUCGGUAGAGCUUGCUGCUGUACAUCUGUGGGCACAAUAAAUUCGACCUCUUUUAUUUUGAAACAGAUUAGAGCAAUAUUGUUGUAGUCAAUUCUUGGAAAUAUUUUGAGUUUGUGCAUAAUACACAAGAUUAGAGACUCUGUUUCAACCUU